AUGAAGGUUGAGAGGGACCUGCUUGAGGAGCAACUCAAGAAGGCACAGAAGGAAGCCCAUGCUGCCAAAGAGGAUGCCAUACAGGCCAGGGAGGAAACGAAAGUGGCGAAGGCCAAAGCGGAUAAAGCCGAAGCAGAGAUGCUUGCGAUCCAGAAAAAAGCGGAAGAGGAGACAAAGGCAGCAAAGGAAGCCGCUGAGAAGGCCAUUCAAGAUCUGAAGACUGCCACAGAGACAACGAGGAAGGCCGAGGAGGCGAAAGCCAAGGCCGAGAAGGCGGUGAAGGACCUGCAGGCCAAGGCAGAGAAAGAGAAGCAGAGCAGCACAAAGACGGCUGAAGGGAAGUUGCAGCAAGCUGUGGCGGAGAAGGAUGCUGCAGAGAAGAAGCUCACCGAGAUACGCACACAGCACGACAAAGAGAAAGCGGAGGCCGCGCAAGCCGCCAAAGAGCAACGACAACAGCUGAGCGAAUCCCAAGAGCAGGUUCUCAAGGAGAAGGACAAGGACCUGAAGGCUUUGCGCGAGGAUGGGGAAGGCCUCCGCAAGCAGCUCGCCGAACGCGAAAAGCAGCUACGUGCCGUCACCGAGCAAAUCGCCGGCAUCAAUGGAAGCUGGGCAGAGCAUGUGGAGGAACUUCAUGCGCAGUAUCGCCGUGAAAAGGACUGA